CGCCGAUACGUUGUUUGCCACCCGGAGUUAAACAUCAGAAGAAGAAGAAGAAAACAGGCGGAAGUGCUAAGUUAGCUAGGUGUGAGGUAAACAAAGGCUUCUCUGUGACGUAAGAAGGAUCUGAAACAGAUGAAUAUGGAGAAUGAUGGACAACCCAGCAGCAAAUAAGUGCCAAGUACCCUGUCAUCAGUGGGUGAGUCCUAAUGGCUGGUCCACAGCCUCAACUCAAGGACCCCUCCUCAACCCACUGGGCGUCUCUCAGCAUCUCGGCCUGGUCUCGUCUCCUGAGCAGAGAUCCUCCUACGACCACCUGCAGGCGUCCAGUCAGAGCUGUCUGAGCGGCUCCAUCACGUCCUCAAACAACCUGUAUCACUCUGCCAUGUACAAAGCCUCUCACAUCAGCAGCGACCCAACAGCCUCCACGUUAUUCGCUGACGGUACGAUCCCGAGUGCCUCUCCCCUCGUUUCAUUUGCUCAGCAAGGCCCUCAUGUUUCAUCUCUUCUGCGAGCAUCGAACCAACUGAAAACUUUACCUCCUCCAAACCAUGGAGUACAACACUGCAGGUCCCAAAAUUUACCACCUCUCUUAUCCCACAACCCAUUUCGACCUCCAUUAACCAAUCAGGGUUUACCGAGUGGACUUCAGGUUCUGCCCAUGAGCCUUCCAUCAUGUGGACAACGUGUGAAUACAUCUCAGGCUCCGUCUGGAGGGAUGAACGUGGAGUCGGCUGGUGUUGCUGAAUACGCUCAGGGCUUUGGCCCAUCCACUUCUCAGGAGCAGCCUCAGUGGAUGCCUUCGUUACACAGCAGAGGGGCUGUAAACAAGUCUGGCCGUGAUGAAACUGUUCAGUGUAACAAUGAGCCAUCGCAGAAGAACAGAAUUCCACUGCCCGACAAUGAGAGGCAGCGUUCAGCCAUCCUAAAUCAGCGCGCACAACUACUCAAACAACUGGCAGAGAUGGAUGAACUCCUGGAUUCAAUACCUGCAGAUAACACCGGUGAUGGUCGGGCUCUACACACAGAUAUGCAGUCACCUCUUUCCACUGAUUGUUCAUCACCUGCUUCCUAUGAUGAACAUCAUGAGAUCUGUGAAAUGCCAGAUGAUCCGAUGUCAGCAGGAGAAUCAGAGAAAAAGAUAAAUUCUUCAGUCGAGUCAGGGGAUGACACUGAUCCUGAUUACUUACCCAAGAAUGAUGGCGACUUCUCCGAUUUCCACUCCGACACUGACUGGAGCUCGUCAGAUGAAUGGAGUCGCAGUGCUUCCUCGACCCCCAUGGAUGAAGGACCUCCUCAGGGGAAAACAAAGACUAAGAGUUCCUUGUCUAAGGACAAAGGUGCAAAAAAGUCACCUGCAGCCUGUCAGAAGAAGUUCUCUGAAACGGUGGUGCUGCCGACUUUGAAUACGAAGGCACAACGUGUGUACGACAAGAGGAAUUACUGUUUGUUUUGCUUAAAGCCACAGUCCAAAAUGGCACGGCAUUUUGAGAGAGUUCACAGUGACAAAGCCGAGGUUGCAGUUGCAUUUCAAUACCCCGUUUUGUCCAAAGAAAGACGAAAGAUAUGGAAAAAACUCAUAAAUCAAGGAAACUUUGUGCACAAUAAGAACGUGAUAAAAGCAGGGAAGGGAGUACUUGCUGUCCAAAAAAGACCACAGAAGCCUGGACAAGCCCAAGACUUUCUUCAUUGUCUUUAUUGUCACGGCCUUUACGUGAAGAAAGCUGUUUACAGACACAUGAGAAAAUGUCCAGAGAAAGUGAAGAAUGAAAACGAAACGGAAUUUGGAAGAAAGCGUAUUGCAUCGCGGUGUGCACUUGAAAUCUUUGGAGAUCUUGGCAUCAGUGAUGGUUUCAAGAACAUUGUGUGCGAGAUGAUAUAUGAUGAUGUUACAAAAACUGUCAUCGAUGACAAGAUUAUCUUGCAGUUUGGUGAACAAAUGUUUAAUCAGUACGCCUCCGAUGUGAGGAAGCAUGAUUAUAUCCGACAAAACCUUCGUCAGCUAGCAAGACUUGUGCUCGAAGCUCAAAAAACAACGCCGCUGAAGAACCUGGAGGAAUUCUUUUACCCUUCGAGCUUCCGACAUGUGGUGUCUGCGGUGAAAGUCCUGGCGGGCUAUGACCUAGAAAACAACACAUUCAGCAUUCCUUCACUUGCCAUCAAGCUCGGUUACCACCUGCAGAAGGCCUGUAGUAUUGUUGAGGCUAAUGCAGUGAAGAGAGGUGAUAUGUGUCUGGCAGAGUCUGCAAAAAACUUCCUGGUGGUGUACCAGAAGAAAUGGAAUAGGCUAAUUUCUUCAGGGGCAUUAACAAAUCUCAGAGAAAUAAAAAAGACCUCGGAUAAUAACGUGCCAAUUGUCCAAGAUGUAAAGCUGCUGAAUUCCCACCUGGAGAAGGUUCAUCGUCUUGCUGAGACCAAACUCAGAGAAAGCCCUUCUUCAGAAAACUAUGCUUGUUUGGCCAAGGUGAUACUUGCCCGGACAAUCGUUUUCAACAUGAGAAAACCCGGAGAGGUAUCGACGAUCCAGCUGAAGACUUUUAUGUCACGGAAAAAGUCAAAUGUGCUUGAUGACAUGGACGUGUCUGUUACAGAAUUGGAAAGAACCAUGUGUGGGUUUUUCACUAGAGUUGACAUAAAAGGGAACUGUGGGAGAAUGGUACCUGUUUUAUUAAAACCCUCAUUCCUGUCGGCCCUGGAGCUUCUCGUAAAUGUUCGUGAGACGUGUGGAGUCCCGCAAAAGAAUCCCUUUCUCUUUGGCCGACCGUGUGCACUGUCUGCCUACAAAGGGUCAGAGUCCAUCCAUCACUUUGUCAAAGAAUGUGGAGCUAAAAACCCUGAAGCUCUGACAUCGAGAAAAAUCCUGAAGCAUUACCCGAAGAUGCUCCAGCUGAUCAACCUGGACGACGACGAGGCCAAACUCAUUUUCGGCUCUCGACAUCAAAUCAAGUCCUGGCAACACAACAGCGACAUGCAGCAGAAUGAAACGGACUCUGAAGCAACGUUACAGCCUGACACAGGACAACAAGCUGCAUCAUGGUAUCACACUGAGAUCUCCAGUACAAGCUACCAACAACCAAAUAACUAUCAACAAGAACGUGGAUCAACAACAGGCAACUGCAAGACUGUUCCUCCAAAAUCUGUCGCCCCAGGCGACAAAGGGUCUCAGUACAAGGGUAAACAGAAAUGGGAAGAAGCCGAGGUCCGCGCUGUGGAAAGACACAUGAUGUGUUUCAUUGAGGGACACAAGGUGCCUCAGAAAAACGACUGUGUCCAAUGUCUUGAGGCCGAGGCAAAAGCCCUGAAGACCCGUUCGUGGAAAGGUGUGAAGGACUACGUCAGAAACAGGAUCACUGCGCUAAAAAGACAAAGUGGCACUUCACGAGCCUAAUCCACAAACAGCAACAAGACGUGGGCGAGUGGAACCAUAGCAGAGUAGUUGACGAGUUCAUCAGCUGUAUAGAGGAUAAUUUUGUUUCAAGGAAAACCUGUAAUGUCCAACUUUUCCAUUUUCUUAUCCUUCAUCACACGUUUCAAUAGUUUUAACCUCUGCAGCAUCAUGAGCAUUUCAGUCCAUCACGUUGGUCAGAAAUGUAAAUUUUGUCAAUGUCAAUACCAAUUUUAUUCAUAGAGCACAUUUAAAACAACUUGAUUGACCAAAGUCUUCCCUCACAUGAGUACAGAAUGAUUUUCUGUGUGAUUUUAUUUUGCAUUCUUAUCAAGUUCAUUCAGAGACGGCUCAUAAACGAAGUGUUCCACAGUAAUAGCUGAUACAUUAUUUUUGCAGCUCUGUUUACCUUCUGUGACCAAGUUAUCUAGUACACUGUAUUUUAUUGUUCUGUUUGGUUGACUAGUAUUUUAAAGUUUGGCAUUGUAACACAACGUUCCAAUAAUAAAAAAAUAAAAAAACAUUUUAUUUACCACACAUGAAACUGGUGAGUUGAGGUUUUCGAUCAUUUGUCUUAUGUCCUUGCAAAUAUUGAAUGACUUGAAUAUCAUGAAUAUUUGACUUAAAAGAAGUUAUAGCAGCAAAAUCCCAUUCACAUCUUUACUAAUGUAGAAGCACAGAUGAUAAAAAAU